UCACCGGCAACUCACCGUGAAUUGCAGCUGUCAACGUCGUGCUGCCUGUCAAAGUAGCACCGAAAUUUCUAUUACGUGAUAUUUGUGCAUUGUUGCGACUAAACAAUAUUGCACCACGAGUUUUGUCGACCAAAAACGCCGGAAUUCCUAUUGAGACCAAGAGUAAUUUGUGUGUCGAAGCUUGUUCCAGUCGAUCCCCCACAAAAAAAAAACAACCAUGCCUGCAGUCCCGGGAGGUGUAUACAAUCAGAACCAGCAGCCGAGCUGUUUUGACCGGAUGAAGAUGGGUUUCACGAUUGGAUUCUGCGUGGGAAUGGCAAGCGGUGCACUGUUCGGUGGCUUUUCCGCACUGAGAUACGGAUUGCGCGGUCGGGAGCUUAUCAACAACGUGGGCAAAGUGAUGGUACAGGGAGGUGGUACAUUCGGCACCUUCAUGGCAAUUGGAACAGGCAUUCGAUGCUAAACUCCCGGAUGUGAUGGGAGUUGAUGGAGCAUUAAAACUUUUACGUUUAAGCAUUGUUACGAAUAAAUUAGCGCUACCCUACAACUAAACCU